AUGGCUUCCCAACCCCAAUAUGCCUCCCUCCCUCUCCCUCCAGGAAUCACGCAAUCCUACCUCCCUUCCCACGACCUGACCUACCACCUCCUCUCCGCCGGCAAGCCAUCCCAACCACUCAUCCUUCUCCUCCACGGCUUCCCCGAGCUCGCCUUCUCGUGGCGCAAAAUCAUGCCUGCCCUGGCCGCAGAAGGCUACCACGUCGUGGCCUACGACCAACGUGGCUAUGGCCGCACGACAGGCUGGGACACCCGUCCCUUCUCCUCUGUCGACCUCAACACCUUCACAUUCACGCGUCUAGUCCGCGACGCCCUGAUCUUCGUCUCCGCCCUCGGAGUAAUAACCAUGUCCCAUCCCUUCAAAGGGCCCCCCUCUCUCCCCUUCAACACCGUUUCCAACCCCUUGGGCACAGAUCCAAAUACAGGCACUUCCGAGGGCAAGCCCGAUAUCCACCAAGCCCUCGCACAACUCCCCGAACCGCGCAAGCACUACAAAUGGUACUACUCAACUCCGCUCGCCGCCUCUGAAAUGAACACCCCCCAAAGCACCCUCCACGCUUUCCUACGCGGCUACUUCCAUCUUAAAUCCGCCGACUGGGCCCGCAACACCCCAUCUCCCAUGCAAGCCUGGGAAGCAAGCGAGCUAUCCAAACUCCCAUACUACUACAUCAUGCCCCUCGACGCCGGCAUGCGCCAGUCCGUCCACCUCGCCAUGCAGGGCUCUGAUCCCGCCGAAGUCCAGCGACUGGGUGCGCGGUGGCUGGACGACGCUGAGCUCGCCGUGUACGCGGACGAAUGGAGCCGCAACGGCUUCCAGGGCGGAUUGAACUGGUACCGCGUUGCCACGGACCCGGUUCAUAUGGUGGACGUCGAGCUCUUCGCCGGCCGGACCAUUGAUGUCCCGGCGCUGUUUGUGAGUGGGAGGCAGGAUUGGGGCAUGUAUCAGGAGCCGGGGGUGGUGGAGCGGUUAAGCGAGACGUGCACGCGAAGUAGGGGGGUGGCGGUUGUGGAGGGGGCAGGACACUGGGUGCAGCAGGAGCAGCCUGAAAAGGUUGUUGAACUGGUUUUGAAAUUUCUAAAGGAUGUCGAGCUUGAUAAGAUAUCUCACUGA